AAUCGCUCUGGUUAAUUUCUCUGCCCUUCUCAUCAUAUACCUUAAGCUUUUAUUUUUCUUCAAUGGAGGUUGGAAGUGUGCUCCAAUUUCUUCAGGACAAGACCAUUUUGGUUGUUGGAGCCACAGGCUUUCUAGCCAAAAUUUUUUUGGAGAAGGUGUUGAGGGUUCAACCAAAUAUUAAGAAGGUUUUUCUUCUCUUGAGAGCCGCAGAUGCCAAAUCUGCCGCUCAUCGCUUGAACAAUGAGAUCUUAGGGACGGACUUGUUUAAUUUGCUAAAAGAAAAGCUAGGUGCAAAUUUUAACUCCUUUAUAUCUGAAAAGUUGACUGUGUUUCCUGGGGACAUUUGUUAUGAGGACUUGGGUUUGAAGGAUUCAACCCUAAAGGAAGAGAUUUGCAACCAAGUUGAUGUUAUUGUUAAUUUGGCUGCAACCACUAACUUUGAUGAAAGAUAUGACAUAGCGUUGGAUCUAAAUGUCUUUGGAGCUAAGCAUGUUAUUUACUUUGCCAAACAAUGUAUUAAGCUGAAAGUACUAGUCCAUAUAUCAACAGCUUAUGUGUGUGGUGAGAGAGAUGGGCUCAUAUUAGAGACCCCAUAUCACUUCACUGCUGUACCUGGAUUAGACAUCGAUGCUGAAAAGAAAAUUGUGCGUGACAAGUUAGACGACCUACAAAAGCAAGGAGCGACUGAUAAUGAAAUCAAAAUGGCCAUGAAGGACUUAGGUAUUACCAGGGCAAAGGUGUACGGUUGGCCAAAUACGUACGUAUUUACAAAAGCAAUAGCUGAAAUGCUUGUAGAACAAAUGAAAGAUAUUAUUUCCGCUGUUAUUUUGCGUCCUGCCAUUGUUACAAGUACAUUCAACGAACCUUUUCCUGGCUGGGUUGAAGGUUUAAGAACAAUUGAUAGUUUAGGUGUUGCUUAUGGGAAAGGAAAACUAACAUGCUUCCUUGGAAACAUCAACGGAGUUGUGGAUGUGAUACCAGCAGACAUGGUGGUGAAUGCAAUACUGGUGGCCAUGGUGGCCCAUGCAUAUCAUCCAAGUGAUGCCAUAUACCAUGUGGGUUCCUCUGUUAGAAACCCUGUUAGAUACGCUAAUCUCCAAGACUAUGUAGUUAGGUAUUUCACUGCAAAACCUUGGAUAAACAGAGAUGGAACACCUGUCAAAGUUGGCCAACUUACUGUCCUCGCCAACAUGGCUAGCUUCCGCAGAUAUAUGUUCAUUCACUACCUCUUUUGGUUGAAGGGACUUGAACUGGCCAAUAUUGCAUUUUGCAGGUACUUUCAGCGAACAUAUCAAGAGCUGAAUAGAAAGAUCCAAAUUGUGAUGCGGUUGGUGGAGCUUUAUAGGCCUUACUUGUUCUUCAACGGCAUAUUUGAUGAUAUGAACACAGAGAAACUGCGAGUGGCAGCAACACAAGGAAGGGUAGAGACAGAUUUGUUUUGCUUCGAUCCUAAAGUGAUCAAUUGGGAUGAUUACUUUAUAAACACUCAUAUCCCAGGCCUCGUCAAAUACAUUUUCAAGUGAUCAUUAUAAUUAAUUAGCACUAUCCAAUAAAAAAGAAAAAUUAAAGUGAUUAUUUAAGCUGGUAUAUAUAUAGUGUUGUAUAUGUUAAGUUUAAAUUUGUGCUAGAGUGAUUGAAUCCAUCUGUAUGUUAUUUAUUUGUUAAUCAAAGACGGUGUAUGUAAUUGAUAUAAACUAGC